AAUAUCGGAUUUUUAAUAUCAGACAAAAUGAAAAAUCUGAAUAACUUGUGCAAUGAAAAUGUAGGUAUGUAUACUAGAUGGAGUUGCUUAGGGUUCUGCUUCUGCAUGAGUUGUUGAUAAGAAAUUAAAGUAGAAGUAACAAGAGAGUCAGAGCUCCACGUGCUUCUGGGAACUCUCUCCCUUGAGACUUCAGUCCCCCCACUCCAUUCUUCUUUAACUUGCUGCAUUUAACCAUCUUCAUUUUCAUUUCUUCUCCUGCUAUUAUCACCAUCAUCUACAUUCCACAUUAAAUCUCUCUCUCUCUCUCUCUCUCUCCCCACAUUGUUGUGCACUUCAAGCUUUUCUCAUUAGUAGUUCCUCAAAACAGAAAAAUCAAGAAAGAUGGCAAUGGAAGUGGUUCAAGAAGAUUGUGGAGACAUGAGCAUGCUAUGCACAGACCAUCCAUACAAAAACAACACACCAGGGGGAAUAUGUGCUCUUUGUCUCCAAGAAAAGCUAGGCAAACUAGUCUCCUCUUCUUUCCCCAUAACAAUCUUCCCCUCCUCUUCCUCCUCUUCAUCUCCAUCUUUCAGAUCUGAUCAAACCUUCACCACCACCACAACCACUACCUCCUCAGUCGUUCCCAUUCGCACAAUAACACCAUCUUCAGUUUUAUCAAACACCCAGAAUGAAUGUCACCACCACCACAGCUUCAAAAUCUCCAAAAUCCCCUACCUUCUCACACACAAGAAGAAGAAAAACAAAAGCUUAUCUGCUACAAACUCGAAUAACUCCAACAAUGCCAUGAUCUUCAGGAGAAGCAAAUCCACCGCCACCCCUCGUCGAGGAAUGUGUUUUAACAACGAACUGGAAGAUAGUGCCCAACAUAAAAAGAGAUUCUGGUCAUUGAGGCAUUUCAACAAACAUCUUUCAGGCAAGAACUUCCCGGACAUUAAACAGAUCAGUUCACCGUCGUCUUCGAGCACUGGCAACAUGGGGUCAUUCUCAAGGUCAAGAAAGAGAAGUUCCAAGAAAGAAGAGGUGAUUGUAGUGGAAGAAAAUGACAGUCCGGAGCAAGUUUCAUUUGGCCGGAAAGUUUCACGAUCAAGAUCCGUCGGCUGUGGUAGCCGGAGUUUCUCCGGCGACUUUUUCGAGCGUAUCUCAACCGGGUUCGGAGACUGCACACUCCGGCGAGUAGAAUCACAACGAGAAGGCAAAUCAAAAUCUCGCCGCUCCGGCGCCGGAACUGUCGCCGGCGGCCCAGAUAGCAUCAAGCAAAGACCAAAAUGCGGUGGUUUAUUUAGUGGGUUUAUGAUAACCUCCUCUUCAUCGUCGUCGUCUUCAUCUUCAUAUUGGGUUUCGUCUUCAACCGACGAAAACAACAACAACAAUAAUUUAAAUGUGAAGCCCACGGCGGCCGGAGCUGCCGUGGCAGCGGUGGCAGGACAGUUAGCUCAGAGCAGGAGCAAGACUUGGGGCUGGGCAUUUGCAAGCCCAAUGAGGGCUUUUAGUAAGCCCAAGAGAAAUGGAGGAUCUGUUAGUAAUAAAAAUGGCGGCCCAAACUUAUCUGCAGUUCCUUCUUUGUUGGCUGUGAGAAGUUGAGCAUUUGAAGCUUUGUUUCCUUUGGUAUUGUCACUAAAAAUCUUCUACACUCUUUAGAUUCUAAAUAAAUUCCUUUGUUUUUGUUAA